AUCCGGAUGCCACACGAACACGAGUGGCGAUGCGCGUUCCGCCUAUUCACAAUAUCCCCACUUCUCCAAUCCUUUAAGCGUGGUCCUGAGAACGGAAACGGAGGGAGGGAACUCAUCUCCUGAGAUCUGAGAGCCAUGGCCUCCACCACCACCAGCGCCACCUGCGGCCUCACCUCGCCGGCUCUCGCCGACGGAAAGGCGCCCGCCGCCCGUCCGCAGACCCCGCACUGCGUCGGCCUUCCGACGCUGCCUCCUCCGCCGCCCCGCGUCGCGUACCUACGCACAUUAAGCCCUUUGUUCACGAUGAAUCCAACUACAAGCAAAGGUCAAAAAAUUGCAAGAAAUGUUAUCACCAUGGCCACAGGAGAAACACCUGCUGAAGUUGCGACUGAGCUUCCAGAAAUUGUGAAAACCAUGCAAGAAGCGUGGGAAAGACUUGAAGAUAAGUAUGCAGUGACUUCCCUUGCGUUUGCUGUAGCUGUUGCACUCUGGAGCACCAGUGGAAUGAUCUCGGCAAUUGAUAGGCUUCCUAUAGUUCCUGGUGUUCUUGAACUUGUAGGAAUCGGUUACACAGGGUGGUUUGCAUAUCGUAACCUGGUUUUCAAGCCUGACAGGGAAGCUUUGAUAGAAAAAAUCAAGAGCACCUAUAGUGACAUUAUUGGGAGCAGCUAAUUAAGCAUCCACAGGUGAUCAUGUCAUGCCUCAAGAAGCUGUAGGGAUGUGGUUGAGUCAUGCACUGGAAGAGUUAUUUUUCCAAGAAUGAGAAGUUUGUAGUUGUUCCAUGUUUUUCUCUGAUAUCUUUAUCCCAUAAGCUUCUAACCUUGGUUAAUAUGUCAGAUUAAUCACAUUCUGUAUCUAUUUAUCUAUUCAUGAUCUUAUGAAACAGGGUGCCAUGCCACCCCUGAACUUGU